AAACACAUUUCUAGCAUCUCUUUCCUGGAAUUCCAAUGGGACAAGGGCAUUGGCUUUGGCGGUUUAUGCUUCAAAACUUGCACCUUCAUCCUUCCUCUACUUAAGAAUUUAAGAAUUCAAGACCAAAAACGAAAGUCCCUUCUUUUAAAACUAUCUUUAUGUGAAGAAAGCCCUUUUAAUACUAAAGAGCCUCAAUUCCACUGAAUACAUUUAUUUUUCCUGCAAAUUAACAGAUCAACCUUUAGCUACAAAUUAUUAACACAAAAAGCUGUAUUUCCUUCUCGCAGCUAUGAUUCAAGUUCUCACAAGGCAGCAACAAGACUACUAGCAUCAGCAGCUACAGAGCUAUCACAUCCAUAUACACUGGCUGUUGGAAAAAGUUAGAGUAAAGACAUGAACAAAGAAGAAGCUGCAGUCAAUUCAUCAGUGCCAAAGAUUAGCAACCAACAAGAUUCAGACAGGACCAAUGAGAAAAAGAAAGGCAUAAACACAGUACCUCAUUACAAGUUGUUCUCAUUUGCUGACUCCUUGGACAUUCUAUUAAUGUUCAUUGGUACAGUUGCUGCUUUUGGGAAUGGGAUCUGCAUGCCGCUUAUGACCAUACUAUUAGGAGAAUUAAUUGAUUCUACUGGCAAAGCUGCGAGCAUGACAGUUGUGGCGCAUAAUGUUUCUGAGGUGUCUCUGAAGUUUGUCUAUUUGGCUAUGGGGUCUGGUUUUGCUUCAUUCUUUCAGGUGGCUUGCUGGAUGAUCACAGGGGAGAGGCAGGUUGCUCGAAUAAGAAGUUUAUACUUGAAAACAAUACUGAGGCAGGAAAUUGCUUUCUUUGAUAAGGAAACUAAUACUGGAGAAGUGGUUGGGAGAAUGUCAGGCGAUAUUGUCCUUAUUCAAAAUGCUAUGGGGGAGAAGGUUGGAAAUUCAAUUCAGCUGCUAGCUUCUUUUUUGGGAGGCUUCGUAAUAGCUUUUAUUAAAGGGUGGCUUCUCACACUUGUCAUGCUAUCUUUAAUUCCACCUAUUGUCAUCUCUGGUGCCAUCAUGAAUAAGCUUGUAAGCAAGUUGGCAUCUCGCGGACAAGCUUCCUAUUCCCUUGCAGCAAAUAUUGUUGAGCAAACAAUUGGCUCAAUCAGAACUGUUGCAUCUUUUACAGGAGAGAAGGAAGCUAUUGCUAAAUACAACAAAUCCUUGAUCAAAGCUUAUGAGUCUGGCGUGCAAGAAGGCCUGGCUGCUGGGUUAGGCUUUGGUACUCUAAUGUUUAUUUUGUUCUGCAGUUAUGGAUUUGCUGUGUGGCUUGGUGGAAAAAUGAUACUUGACAAAGGCUACACAGGAGGGAAUGUCAUCAAUGUGAUUUUUGCUCUACUGACGGGUUCCUUGUCUCUAGGGCAGGCAUCUCCAUGCAUGAGUGCAUUUGCUUCGGGAAGGGCAGCUGCAGUUAAGAUGUUUGAGGCAAUCAAUAGGCAGCCAGAGAUUGAUGCUUUUGACACCAAAGGACUAAAAUUGCAAGACAUUCGUGGAGAUAUUGAAUUAAGGGAUGUUUAUUUCAGUUACCCAACAAGAUCUCAUGAGCAAAUAUUCAGUGGUUUCUGUCUUUCAGUACCCAGUGGUACAACCACAGCUUUGGUUGGAGAGAGUGGAAGUGGGAAAUCAACAGUGAUCAGUUUGAUAGAGAGAUUUUAUGACCCACAAGCUGGUGAAGUCCUAAUAGAUGGUGUCAAUCUUAAAGAGUUUCAACUAAAAUGGAUCAGAGAGAAUAUAGGCCUUGUCAGCCAGGAACCUGUGUUGUUUACUUCAAGCAUUAGAGACAAUAUUGCCUAUGGGAAGGAAAAUGCAACUAUUGAAGAAAUAAGAGAUGCUGCUGAGCUUGCCAAUGCAGCCAACUUUAUAAAUAAGCUGCCCCAGGGAUUAGACACAAUGGUUGGGGAGCAUGGAAUUCAACUAUCUGGGGGCCAAAAGCAAAGGAUUGUCAUAGCCAGAGCAGUUCUGAAGGACCCGAGAAUUCUACUUCUAGAUGAAGCCACUAGUGCUCUAGAUGCAGAAUCUGAAAGGAUUGUGCAAGAGGCAUUGGACAGGAUUAUGAUCAACCGAACUACUGUCAUGGUAGCCCAUCGCUUGACUACAGUGAGAAAUGCAGAUAUGAUAGCUGUUAUCCAGAAAGGAAAGAUUGUUCAAAUAGGUUCACAUUUUGAGCUACUCAAGGAUCCUGAUGGAGCAUAUGCGCAGCUCAUACAGUUGCAAGAAUUUGGCAAAGAGCCAGAACAGAAUAUUGUAAACUAUCCAGACAGUAGCCAUCAUUCGAUCUGGGUUCCAUUGAGUGCAUCCCCCAGAGUUAGCAUUUCCGAAAAGGUAGCUGCAAAACCACUUGGCACUACCACUUCAGAGACAUCAAAACUGCCUCCAGAAGAUCCUCUUCGUCGCUUGGCCUAUCUUAAUAGGCCAGAGAUACCUGUGUUAUUGCUUGGUGCUAUAGCUGCUGUGGCCAAUGGAAUAAUAUUACCAAUUUUUGGUCUGCUGCUUGCCAACAUAAUAAAAACCUAUUAUGAGAAAGAAGAUCAACUCCGGAAAGAUUCUAGAUUUUGGGCAUUUAUAUUUGUUCUACUUGGUUUUGUGUCUUUACUGGCUAUGCCACUAAGCACAUACUUUUUUGCUGUUGCGGGUGGUAGAUUAAUAAAACGGAUCCGAUCAAUGUGCUUUGAGAAAGUGGUAAAUAUGGAGAUAGCUUGGUUUGAUGAACCGGAGCAUUCAAGUGGAGCAAUUGGUGCGAGGCUCUCAGCAGAUGCAGCCGCAAUGCGAGGUUUAGUUGGAGACGCAUUUUCUUUGCUCAUUCAAAAUAGUGCAACGUGUAUUGCUGGUUUGGUCAUUGCUUUCCUCUCAAGCUGGCAAGUCGCUCUCGUAGUCCUUGCUUUGUUACCACUGAUGGGACUCAGCGGAUAUGUUCAGUUGAAGUCCAUGAAAGGAUUCAACGCAAAUACAAAGAAAAUGUAUGAGGAAGCAAGUCAAGUUGCUAGUGAUGCAGUUAGCAGUAUCAGAACAGUUGCUUCUUACUGUGCCGAAGAAAGGGUGAUUCAACUGUACCAGAAGAAAUGUGAUGGCCCUAUUAAGGCAGGAAUAAGGCGAGGGUUAAUUAGCGGGAUAGGGUUUGGCCUAUCUUUCUUCUUUGUUUUUUUUGUCUAUGCAGUUAGUUUUUAUGUAGGAGCUCAUCUAGUGGAUCAUGGCAAGACAACAUUCACCGAUGUUUUCCGGGUAAUUUCCUUAUGCUAUAUAUACCAAGCCAGAUGGUCUAAAUUUUGUUUUGUUUGGUUUGGUUUGGUUUUCCAUUGUGAAUGUGAUUUAAGUGCUGUUGUGCAGGUCUUUUUUGCUCUCAGUAUGGCAGCCCUUGGGAUCUCUCAAUCAAACUCUCUCGCGCCUGAUGCAAGUAAAGCCAGGAGUUCUGCUACUUCUGUAUUUGCCAUCCUUGAUCAGAAAUCUAAAAUAGAUCCUAGUGACCCUUCUGGAAUAAUAAUAAAAAGGGUGAAGGGAAAAGUUGAGUUUCGCCAUAUCAGUUUUAAGUAUCCAACGAGGCCUGAUGUUCAAAUAUUCCAAGAUCUUAGCAUUGCUCUUCAUUCUGGGAUGGUAGUUGCACUGGUUGGAGAAAGUGGGAGUGGGAAAUCAACGGUGAUCUCAUUACUGCAAAGAUUUUACGACCCUGAUUCUGGCCAAAUUACUCUAGAUGGAAUUGAGAUCCGAAAGUUGAACUUAAAAUGGUUAAGACGGCAGAUGGGUCUGGUGAGUCAGGAACCUGUAUUAUUUAAUGACAGCAUUCGAGCCAACAUUGCAUACGGGAAGGAAGGAAAUGCAACAGAGGCAGAAAUUAUGGCUGCAGCAGAAUUAGCCAAUGCCCACAACUUCAUCAGUGGCCUACAACAGGGGUAUGAUACUACAGUGGGGGAACGAGGGCUGCAAUUGUCUGGUGGACAGAAGCAACGGGUGGCAAUUGCACGGGCCAUCAUAAAGGAUCCGAAAAUAUUACUUCUAGACGAAGCAACCAGUGCUCUGGAUGCAGAAUCUGAGCGAGUGGUUCAAGAUGCAUUAGAAAGAGUUACGGUGGGAAGGACCACCCUGGUGAUAGCCCAUCGCUUAUCCACAAUUAAGGGUGCAGGCAUAAUUGCAGUGGUGAAAAAUGGAGUUAUAGUUGAGAAAGGAAAGCAUGAUACUUUGAUCAACAUCAAGAAUGGCAUUUAUGCCUCCUUAAUGGCUCCCAAGUCAAAUGCUGCUUCAACUUAAGGGAAUUCAAUUCAGGUUUUGGGAUAAAGAGGGAAAUUCUGAAGAGUACAGCUACAAGUAUCAGCAUAUACUGAUUGCACAGAGAAAAUCAGACCUUGUUGACUUAUUGUCAUCCAUUAAUAGAAAAGCCUAUCUUUAUAUUGAAGUAAGAGUAAGAGAAGGGUCUCUUCCCGUCUUCUCCCCCUUCUCGUCAUUAAACUUAAAAAUAUAGCACUUUCAGUAGUUUCUCCAUGUUCAUGAAGCAUGAUUGAUCUGGUGGCACUGCCUCGCCUUAGAAGGGGAUAUAAUUAAGUAAUGUAAAUGAGUUGAAACAGUGGAUAGGAUAAUUCCAAAUGGUCAAUGAGUUGAAUUUGGCGGGAGGGAUUGACGAAUCUUUUGAAUGCGUACAAUUAAUAAAUGUCAGUACGUUGGGCAGA